CCUCGCGGACGUGACGCCGCGGGCGGAAGUGACGUUUUCCCGCGGUUGGACGCGGCGCUCGGUUGCCGGGCGGGGGAGGGCUUGUCCGGUUUCUCUCAGGGGACGUUCAAAUUAUUUUUGUAACGGGAGUCGGGAGAGGACGGGGCGUGCCUCGAAGUGCGCGCGUCCUCCUUCCCCGGCUCUUCGCCACCACUCACUGGCUCCUGCCCUGGGGGGGAGUCAUGCCGCCCAAAACCCUCCGGAGAGCAGCAGCCGCAGCCGCCGCGGCCGCCGCCGCCGAACCCCCGGCGCCGCCGCCGCCCCCUCCUGAAGAGGACCCCGAGCAGGACAGCGGCCCCGAGGACUUGCCUUUGCCCAGGCUUGUAUUUGAAGAAACUGAAGAACCUGAUUUUAUUGCAUUAUGUCAGAAAUUAAAGAUACCAGAUCAUGUCAGAGAAAGAGCUUGGUUUACUUGGGAAAAAGUUUCAUCUGUGGAUGGAGUGUUGGAAGGUUAUAGUCAAAGGAGAAAGGAACUAUGGGGAAUCUGUAUCUUUAUUGCAGCAGUUGACCUAGAUGAGAUGCCAUUCACCUUUACUGAGCUGCAGAAAAACAUAGAAACCAGUGUCUACAAAUUCUUUGAUUUACUAAAAGAAGUUGAUACAAGUACCAAAGUUGAUAAUGCUGUGUCAAGACUGUUGAAUAAGUAUAAGGUAUUGUGUGCACUCUACAGCAAAUUGGAAAGGACAUGUGAACAUAUAUAUUUGACACAACCUGGCAGUUUGCUAUCUACUGAAAUAAACUCUCUGUUGGUGCUAAAAGCUUCUUGGAUCACAUUUUUACUAGCUAAAGGGGAAGUGUUACAAAUGGAAGAUGAUCUCGUCAUCUCAUUUCAGUUAAUGCUCUGUGUCCUUGAUUAUUUUAUUAAACUCUCACCUCCUGCGUUGCUUAAAGAACCAUAUAAAACAGCUGUAAUACCUUUUAAUGGUUCACCUCGAACACCAAGGCGAGGUCAGAACAGGAGUGCACGGAUAGCAAAACAACUAGAAAAUGAUACAAGAAUUAUUGAAGUUCUCUGUAAAGAACAUGAAUGUAAUAUAGAUGAGGUGAAAAAUGUUUAUUUCAAAAAUUUCAUACCUUUUAUGAAUUCUCUUGGAAUUGUAGCUUCUAAUGGACUUCCAGAGGUGGAAAGUCUCUCUAAACAAUAUGAAGAAAUUUACCUUAAAAACAAAGAUCUUGAUGCAAGAUUAUUUCUGGAUCAUGAUAAAACUCUUCAGGCUGAUCCUAUAGACAGUUUUGAAAUGCAGAGAACACCACGAAAAAGUAACUCUGAUGAAGAGGUGAAUACGAUGCUUCCGCAGACUCCAGUUAGGACCGUUAUGAAUACUAUUCAACAGUUAAUGAUGAUCUUAAAUUCAGCAAGUGAUCAACCAUCAGAAAAUCUGAUUUCCUAUUUUAAUAACUGCACAGUGAAUCCAAAGGAAAGUAUCCUGAAAAGAGUGAAGGAUAUUGGAUGCAUCUUUAAAGAGAAAUUUGCUAAAGCUGUGGGACAGGGAUGUAUGGAAAUUGGAUCACAGAGAUACAAACUUGGAGUCCGAUUAUAUUACCGAGUAAUGGAAUCUAUGCUUAAAUCAGAAGAAGAACGAUUAUCCAUUCAAAAUUUUAGUAAACUCCUGAAUGACAACAUCUUUCAUAUGUCUUUGUUGGCAUGCGCUCUUGAGGUUGUAAUGGCUACAUAUAGCAGAAGUACAUCUCAGAAUCUUGAUACUGGAACAGAUUUGUCCUUCCCAUGGAUUCUGAAUGUACUUAAUUUAAAAGCCUUUGAUUUUUACAAAGUGAUUGAAAGUUUUAUCAAAGCAGAAGCCAACUUGACCAGAGAAAUGAUAAAACAUUUAGAGCGAUGUGAACAUCGAAUCAUGGAAUCCCUUGCAUGGCUCUCUGAUUCACCUUUAUUUGAUCUUAUUAAACAAGCAAAGGACCGAGAAGGACCAGCUGAUCACCUUGAAUCUGCUUGUACUCUCAGCCUUCCUCUCCAGAGUAAUCACACUGCAGCAGAUAUGUAUCUUUCUCCAAUCAGAUCCCCAAAGAAAAAAGGAACUACACGUGUAAAUUCUACUGCAAACACAGAGGCACAAGCAACCUCAGCCUUCCAGACUCAGAAGCCAUUGAAAUCUACCUCCCUUUCACUUUUUUACAAAAAAGUGUACCGACUGGCCUAUCUUCGACUAAAUACCCUGUGUGCACGCCUUCUGUCUGACCACCCUGAACUGGAACACAUCAUCUGGACCCUUUUUCAGCACACACUGCAAAAUGAGUAUGAACUCAUGAGAGACAGGCAUUUGGAUCAGAUUAUGAUGUGUUCCAUGUAUGGCAUUUGCAAAGUGAAGAAUAUAGACCUUAAAUUCAAAAUCAUUGUAACAGCAUACAAGGAUCUUCCUCAUGCUGUUCAGGAGACAUUCAAACGAGUUUUGAUCAGAGAAGAGGAGUAUGAUUCCAUUAUAGUAUUCUAUAACUCAGUCUUCAUGCAGAGACUUAAAACAAAUAUUUUGCAGUAUGCUUCUACCAGGCCCCCGACUUUGUCACCAAUACCUCACAUUCCUCGAAGCCCUUACAAGUUUUCUAGUUCACCUUUACGAAUUCCUGGGGGAAACAUCUAUAUAUCACCCCUGAAGAAUCCAUAUAAAAUUUCAGAAGGUGUGCCAACACCAACAAAAAUGACUCCAAGAUCGAGAAUCUUAGUAUCAAUUGGUGAAUCAUUUGGGACUUCUGAGAAGUUCCAGAAAAUAAAUCAGAUGGUGUGUAACAGCGACCGUGUGCUCAAAAGAAGUGCUGAAGGAGGCAACCCUCCUAAACCGCUGAAAAAACUACGCUUUGAUAUUGAAGGAUCAGAUGAAGCAGACGGAAGUAAACAUCUCCCAGGGGAAUCCAAAUUUCAACAGAAACUGGCAGAAAUGACAUCUACCCGAACACGAAUGCAGAAGCAAAAAAUGAACGAUAGCAUGGAUACCUCAAACAGGGAAGAAAAAUGAGGAUCCCAUGACCUCACUGGGCACCGUAUACACCUGUGGCCUCAUUGUCUCUCACAGAGCAGACUGUGUGACUCUCCCAGGUUCUGUUUACGGCCACAUUGGAUAUGAUCUUCAGCUCUUUUUACGGAUAUUGGAUCUCGAGUGUGCAGAUGGGCUUGCCUGUGUGUGCAGGGGAUUCCUAAGCCACUUGCAACGUCGUAGUCAGUAGAAUAUACAUUGUUAUUGCACAAGAUUGAAAAUCUUGUGUAAAUACUGCCAUUUAGAAAGUUGUAGCAGAUGUUUUCAUUUCCAAAAUAUAAUUGCUGUGCUCUACAAACGGCGAGGAUGCCCUGGGAGGGGCAUCCCAGCAACCCAGGCCUAUUUGAGUACUUUGUCUUUUCUUGUGGCAUAUAUGUGAUGUUUGCUAUUAUUUUAUUAAUUUAUAUUUAUAUAUUUUUUAAUUUAACAUGAACGCCCUUAGAAUAUGUGUCCUGUCUUCCAAAUGCAAUUUGGCUGACUACUUCCCCCUCACCCAAGUGAUCCUGAACUCUUCUGCUAAAACAGAUAUUAGAAACUAGAAAAAAAAAUUACUAAUUUUUACACAUUAGAUUUUAGUUUACUAAUGGAAUUUGAUGUACUGUGUGCUUGUUUUAUAAAUUUUAGUUUUAAAAUACAAGCAGAAAGCAGAGUAUAAACAAAUGAUGUUGUCAUACUACUGAUACAGAUUUCAUACCUCAGGACUUGUAAGAAUUUAUUGAUCCUUUUCUCCAUCCAACUCCUGCUUUAAAGUGAGGGUUAUUAAUAGUACUCUUGGUUUUUAUAAACCAUUCAGAACCCCGAAUUCAGGAAGUACCCAUCUAGUACUUGGAAAAUAAAGUGUUCAGCUAGAGCUUUGCCAUAGAGGGCCCUAAGACAGGAUAUCCCAAGUGCACUUUCUAAUGUUUCUGGGUCCGAAGAAUCAAGACCUAAAAUAAUUUUACUCCACAGACUGUUAACUAUAGGAGCCUUAAUUUUUCUUUCUUAGAGGUUUGUUUAAUUGCAUCUCAGCAAUUAUUCUGCCCUCCUAAACUUGGGAAGGGGUGUGUUUUCUUGGGAAUUGUACAUGUCUUCCAUGUAUCUUUGAGCUGGCAAUUGUCUAUUUAUCUUUUUUUUUUUUUAAGUCAGUAUGGUCUAACACUGGCAUAUUCAAAGCCACAUCAUUUCUACUCCAAAAUUGCAAGUAAUCAAAGGUCUUUGGGUUAGGCAUUCAUGUUUCUAUCUGAUUUUGUGCAAAAGCUUCAACUUAAAACAGCUACAUUAGAAAAAGAGGCGCUCCCCCCCCCCACCAGCACCUAAAGGUGUAUUUAAACUAUCUUGUGUGAUUAACUUAUUUAGAGAUGGUAUAAUUUAAAUUAGGUGAUAUUUAAGGUAGCAUCAGCUAGCUUUUAGGAAAAAUCACUUUGUCUACCCAGAAUUCUUUUUAAAAAGAAUUCUGGUCUUAUUUGUUAGAAAAUGACAUUUUAUUUUGUGCUCGGUUAAGUUUCAAACUUGUUAUCUUGAUAACAAAGGCACUAGAAAGCUUUCUCCCAUUUCCUCAUUAGUUUCUGCAUGAACAUCAUACAAAUCAGUUAGCUUUUAGGUCAAGGGCUACCAUAUUUCUGGGUCUUUAGCUAAUAAAGGUUUACGUUAGAGUUACUGCCAGAGUUUUAGGAACUUCAGAGAUCAUAUAUUGAGAUUACUUACAUAAGGCUUCAGGUAUUGCUUUAUUGCUUUUUUGUAUUGGUUAAAACUGUACAUUUAAAAUUGCUUUGUUACUAUUUUCUACAAUUAAUAGUUUAUUUUAAAAUAAAUUAGUUGUUAAGAGUC